CCUCCCAGCGCGGGCGCCGGCAGAGCAGCGGCGCGCCCGUCCCCGCCUCGCCAUGCCGCUGGGGCACAUCAUGAGGCUGGACCUGGAGAGAAUCGCCCUGGAGUACGUCGUGCCCUGCUUGCACGACAUCGGCUUCUGCUACCUGGACAACUUCUUGGGGGAGGUGGUGGGCGACUGCGUGCUGGAGCGGGUGAAGCGGAUGCACCGCGACGGGGAACUGGCCGACGGGCAGCUGGCUGGCCCCAGCCGCGGUGUCGCCAAGCGGCAUCUCCGCGGCGACCAGAUCAAGUGGAUCGGAGGCACGGAGGAGGGCUGCGAGGCCAUCAACUUUCUCCUCACGCUGAUAGACCGGCUGGUGAUGUACUGCGGGAGCCGGCUCGGCAAAUACUACGUGAAAGAGCGAUCCAAGGCCAUGGUUGCUUGCUAUCCCGGAAAUGGAACAGGGUAUGUUCGUCAUGUGGACAAUCCAAAUGGUGACGGGCGCUGCAUCACCUGUAUUUAUUACCUGAAUAAGAACUGGGACUCCAAGCUGCAUGGUGGAAUUCUUCGAAUAUUCCCAGAAGGAAAGUCCUAUGUAGCAGAUGUUGAGCCGAUUUUUGACCGAUUACUUUUUUUUUGGUCAGAUCGAAGGAACCCACAUGAAGUUCAGCCUUCGUAUGCAACCAGAUAUGCCAUGACUGUGUGGUAUUUUGAUGCUGAAGAAAGAGCAGAAGCCAAAAAGAAAUUCAGGAACUUAACAGAUGCAAGGAAGAGAGAAGCACCUCUUAAUGAAGACUAAUCAACUGUUCGUGAACUCUUUGUGAGGAAAUAAGAUCCCAAAGAUGACUUUCAUUUCCAGCAAAUAAGGGAAAAACAUUUUUAUGCACAAGAAUGCACCGGUUGUGUCUAGGAUGCGCAUCUUACGCUGAUGGUACUUAAGGCAGCCUCCUGUCACACUGCAUCUGAUAGAAGAAAGACUUGUUUGCUCUUUGCCUUUUGCUGGAAAAAAUAACCAGGGUUUAAAAAAAAGAGUAUCUGAUACUCAAGCUUAGUGGUAGUGGCUCAGCCAAUUGGCUUUUGAUCACUCUUUUAACUAUGAUAUUGGUCAUUGGAACUAGUGGUAAAAAGCUGAGUCUUAUUUGCACUUUAUAGGGGAAAAACGUUCUAGUUCAAUGGGAAGAUGCCUUGCAAGUUUGAAAUCAGUUGGCAGACUGCUAAUGGGGACAGAGAGAUAUUGGACAUGCAAAAUGAAAUUGGAUAUUUGUAGAGUGCCAUUUGACUGUCUGUCCCAAAUGGACCUGUUGAUGUAUUGUUCAUCACUUUUCUGUGCAGAACACUGGUUCAGCUCUUCAGUAACAUGACUUCCCAGAUGUUUGUCUACACAGUCAUAGCAUUUUCUGGAUUUUGUUUGCUAUUCAGGAGGCAUGUUUUAGCUGUGCAGCUGUACUGCCCUUUCUUCCCAGGAUUGAGGGGAAAGUAGUUGUGUACCUGUUCACAACUUCAUAAAACCUUUUUUUUUUUUUUUUUUUUUUCUGUUUUGAGCAGGAUGGGUUGUAUGUUUUGUCUUUUCACAGUUCGGUAAAACAGCUGUUUUCUCCCAGAAGUCUGGUAAGCUUGGAAGGCUUGUGGCACACAAUGCAUUGGCCCUUAAGGCCAGUGAUAACGUAGAGAAGUGUUUGCUUUGCGACUUCUCCAUCUGCUGUGUUCUGUGUGACAUAGAUAUGAAUCUGGAAGGAAAUGAUAAGUCUGGCAGUCUGACAAAUAUAUGAUAAAAAUGGGUAACUUAGACUUGAUUUUUAUGCUGCAUAUUCUUAGUGAACACACUUGUUUAAUUUUGCAUGCAUAUGUAAUUUGAAUGAAACAGCAAUUCCAUUUCAGUUGAUCUCUGAUGCCAGGUAACUACCACUGCUGUGCCCAAGCUGUGAGAUCAGAGUUAUUCAAUGGCAAAGCACUUUUUUUUUUUCUCCAUUGUAUUUUUAAACUUACUGGACUCAGUGAGUAACUGGUGACCUGUUUCCAAUCUGUCUAAACUUCUACAACCAGCACUUACUAUGCAGUUCAGAAUAGCUCUUAAUGAAGCUGAGAGCUGGCAGUGGAUGUAUUUAUCACUCACACUAAUUGUUCUCAACCUAAUACACUCUCAUUCAGUUUUAUCUCAUGCUGUCAGUGUGUUAUGUUGGACCCUAUUAAAUGUUCCAAACAGA